AUGAAACGAGCAGCUCCUUGCCAUUACAACUCGGUCUUGAAACACAAAUCUCCAAAACUCAACAAUCACUUGGUUACAAUUAAUUUAAUUGAUUUUCAUCAUCUUGUGGAAUCAUCACCGAACACCAUUUCUUGUGCUUUCCUUAAUUUUUUAUAUCAACGUUUGAAAACAAAAUUUGAAAAUCAAUCGAAAGGUUUCAGUAAAUAUUUACAGACAAGACACCAGUGGAUACAACAAAACCGUGAUAUUCCCAUUGAAUUCAUGAACGAUCGGGAGUAUGUGGAAAAUUAUGGCGCGACCCGUUCUAGUUUUGGGCAUGAGGUCCAAUGGUUGACACAACGAAUGGGCGUUUCAGAAUUGUUUGAAAAUAAUCAAAAACAAGCCGAAGUUAUUGGAAAUAUUGAAUUUUGGAGACCUUUUAAAAUUGGAAUCUUGCAACUUGUUGCUUCAGAGCGAUUAACAAUCCUGAAAUUCGUUCCAAAAGCACUUUUACUUGAAUGGAAAGUAGAAUUGUCAAUAAUCUUUCCAAGAUAUUAUGAUUUCAACUUUUUAUUUGAUUUGGAUGAUUUUGAUCAAGCAAAGUUAGCAUUGGGAGAUGGUCGUUGCUUAUUAGCUCAGCUAUCCGAAAGAUUGAGAGACAAUGAAGAAAUGGUCAUGCAUGCAAUCCGUUGUAAUCCUUCAAAGAACUGCACGUUAUAUGCUUCUGAAAGAUUGAAACAAGAUCGAAGAUUCAGUAUGCAAUCACUUCGAUUUUACGCAGACAAUGAUUCAUGGUUGCCAAUUGAAUUGGAAAAUGAUAAAGAAUUCAUUCUUGAAUUACUGAAUACUCCAAUCACUGACAUGUAUGGGAAUAUUCAAGAAGACAUGAUCCAAUCAUGUGUUCCUCAACUCAUAGACAAGCUACCAACAAGUAUUCUCAAUGAACUACCUGUAAAUGUCAAGUUGCAUGUUUUUCUACAAUCAUUUCUCAAAGAUGUCUGGUGUCAGAGCCUUAAAGAUGUAUGGAAAGAAGGUUUACAAAUACUGUAUGAAUUACCUGACGAAUAUUAUCGAGUACACACGAAUUAUCAACAACGAAAACAAUUGAGGAGAGGUCGGUUUGCAACCUCAAUGAACAAUGUACUCGAAAACGAUCCUUUGAAAACGUUAUGGGAACAAGUACUGACACGAAUGUACAAGUAUGAUUGUGCUGCGGAAGACUUUUUGGAUGAAGAAUGUUUUUGGAGACGAGAGGAUUGGGAGCUGUUUUUUCAAUUUGCUCCACUUGAGAUGAGAAAUGAUAGAAACUUUGCGAUCCAAGCUGUCAAGGCACACGGAUUAUUCUUUCACCAUAUUUUGCCCAAAUUCCAAAACGACAGACAAUUUGUUUUAAAAGUACUUGACGCGCAUGGGAAUCUAUUGAAUGACGUUUUGGAACAUUUUUUAAAUGACAAGCAAGUCAUUUUAACAGCAUUGCAAAGUAGAAACCCAUGCUCAUUUUCUGACAUUCCAACACAAUUUCAUGACGAUAGGGAUUGUUUUUGGGCAGCCAUUGAAAACAAUGCUUGUUAUGUGAGUGAUGCACUCGAAAUAUUUCAAAGAUUUUUUGAACCGAGUGAUCGAGAAGGAAUAAUUGAUAUCAUCAAGAGAAAUGGAAAGGUUUUCAUGCAUGUACCAGGUCAUUUAUUAAUGGAUGCUGACUUUAUCUUGCAAUGUGUGAAAGCAAAUCCCACCAUAGUUGACCGUAUUCUCUCCGCUAAAGUUUUGUUAACCUCUGAAAUUGUAACAGAAUGUAUGAAGUAUUGUGGAACAAUCACAGAAAAACUCACUCUCUUUCUUAAAAAGAGUCAUAAAGUUCAACUCGUUCAAAAGUUGACGUUCCAUGAAGCGGUAACGUUGUUCAAGGAUUUGAAAAAGAAGAGAUUGGAAUUGGAAUAUUGUGGAUGCGACAUUCCUGAAUCUUACUUGUUAAAAGAGCCAAUCCAAGUUUUAGAUGUGCCAGAAGUAAGUCUAAGGUUAGAUUUGGGACGUGUAUGGGACCCGCUUUCGAGAGGAAGGACGUAUCUCAAGUGGAAAGAUUACUUGUUUGGAAAUGCAACUUGGGAAAGUUUUUUUGAAAGAAAUGAUCCUUCAGUGUGA